CACAGAGGUCGCGACAAGUCUGUUGCGGGGGCCUCGACGACUAGUUUCAGAUUUUUAUAGUUUCCUGGCGUUAAACGAGUACACAUCCAUUCGUACCUCGUUCGCCUUUUACCUAAGAUGCUCAUACACGUUCAAAUCUCUGCUCUCGUGCUGUUCGCAGGAGUUGCGGUCGGACAGGACCAAAGCACUACUGAUUUCCAAUGCCCAAAAAAAUCCGGUUUCUAUCCUGACCCUGUUCAAUGUGAUCUGUACUACCAUUGCACCUUGGAUGGCGAUCUUGUGGAAAAGUUAUGCCCUGAUGGUUUACUGUUCGAUGACAGUAAUCCGAGUCAUGAAAAAUGUGAUACUUCUGUUAACGUAGACUGUGGUCAGAGAACAGUACAGCAGGAGCCUAAACCCUCAAAAGGGUGUCCCCGAGCAAAUGGAUUUUAUAAACAUUGGGAAGAAGGAAGUUGCGACAAGUUUGUACAAUGCGUUGAAGGUGUCGCUAAUGAAAUGCCAUGUCCACCGGGUCUAGUGUAUGACGACUCUGCAAGUUCUUGUGCUUGGCCGGUCGAUAGCAAACGGCAAUGCGUAACUACAAAAAAAGAUGUCCUUCCUGACGGAUUUUCUUGUCCUGAUGGAGACGUAAUGGGACCUAAUGGUCGAAUAUUACCACAUCCUACUUUUGCACAUCCUGACGAUUGUGCUAAAUUUUACAUUUGUAGAAAUGGUGUUACACCACAAUACGGAAGUUGUUCCUCAGGGUCAGUUUAUAAUGAAGAGUCUUUCAAAUGUGAUGAUCCUGAAAACGUACCAGGAUGUGAAAACUAUUAUGAAACUACAGAAAACGAAGAAGAAAAGAAAGGUGCCAAGAACUAAUUUUAUAUAAUAUUUACAAAUACGUCUUAUAUAUUAUAUAAAUGUAAAUAAAAUAACUAAUUAUAAUAUGUAUAGCUGUGUACAUCAUUUGAGUAGAUAAAUACUAAUGAUGAUUUUUUGAUGGAAUAAUCUCUGGUCAUGAAAUGACCUAUUUGGAUCUUAAAAUAUUAUUUUCCAUUGUACAAUAAUUUAUCUAUUUAUAAUUUUAUAACAUACAAUUGAAUAUACAAUAAUUUUUUUUUUUAU